AUGACAGCACAAGGCCAGCAGAUCGAGGUCCUCCUCUACGGGUUGGGGGCCAUUGGAUCAUUCUACGCCUUUAUUCUAAGCAGAGUACCGCGUGUUAGAUUCACGGUUGUUGCUAGGUCAAAUUGUAACGCAGUGAAGGAAAAUGGAAUCGUUAUUGCGAGCGAAAACCAUGGAGAGCAUAACGUUCGCCCUUACAGAGUUGUAAGGAAUGCCGCAGAGGCGGAAGCGAAGUUUGACUACAUUGUCUGCGCUCACAAAGCCAUCACCCAGGAUGCAGUCCCCGCGGAAAUUGCCCCGGCAGUUGAUGCGGAGAAAUCCACGAUCGUCAUUAUUCAGAAUGGUGUCGGUAACGAAGUGCCAUUCCGCAAAGCGUUCCCCCACACAACAAUUAUCUCAUGCGUGACCUGGACCGGAGCCGCUCAGCCGCAGCCUGGGCACAUCAAACACACAAAGUCCGAGGACAUGCAAAUAGGAUUAUAA